AUGUCGACGUCGAAGAAACUCAAGAACUUGAUACGCAACAGAGACAGCGUCAUCGAUUUCAUGGCCCGGAUUGAACAGUACCUGAAAAACACCAAGGAGUUCGAUGAGCAGUCGGUCAACAUUCGGAUAGAGAAACUCGAGCAAAAGUGGAAUGAGUUCGAGGAUCUCCAGAACGACAUCGAGAGCAUGGAGGACAAUGAGGAGAACAUGUCAGAGCACCAUCAACUCAGGGCCGAAUUCGAAGGAAAGUACUUUGAGGUAAGAGCAGGGUUGGCGAGAAAGGUACAGCAAGGUCAAGCGACACCAAACACAUCCAAUGCGCACACAAAUCAAGUUCCAAAUGUCCAAGCCUCCGUACGACUUCCACAGAUCAAUUUGCCGGAGUUCGAUGGCAACUUUCAAAAUUGGCUUCCGUUUCACGAUAUUUAUGUAGCUUUGAUUGACUCUUCGGCAGAGCUCACGGACAUACAGAAAUUCCAUUAUAUGCGUGCCUCCUUGAAAGGUGAUGCUUUAAAGGUUAUUGAUUCAUAUGCGAUGAGUGAGGCUAAUUAUAGGGUUGCAUGGGAGGUUUUGGUCGAUCGGUUCUCCAACAAUUAUCUUCUCAAAAAACGUCAUCUUAAUGCGUUGUUCGAGUACCCAAGAAUGAAGAAGGAAUCAGCUGCUGGUCUGCACGAUCUAAUUGAUUGUUUCGAGCGCAACACAAAAAUCCUGGACCAGUUAGGUGAAAGAACGAGUGGUUGGGGAGCAAUGUUAGUCCAUUUAUUGGUUUCCAAACUGGACGAAGUUAUUCAGAAACGGUGGGAAGAAAUUGUGACACCAGAUAAGGAACCGUCAUUUGGGUCGUUGGUCGAUUUCCUCAAAAAGCAAACCCGGGUGUUAGAUGCGGUUUCGGUCGAUCAGCGUAUGUUUUCAACGACAACGUCAUCUAGCAUUAGCAAAUUCCGACCCACGAAAGUUUCGGUCAACUCGGCGACUGAAACGAAGUCGCCGAACUGCUUCGCCUGUAAUGAAAAGCAUUGGAUUACGCAGUGCCCAACUUUCGCAAAUUUAGGAAUAGAUAAACGGCUGCAGCUCACUAAUUCCAAGCGGCUCUGCAGUAAUUGUCUUGGCCGGAAUCACUUGGCACGGGACUGUCCAUCAAAAUAUCGUUGCAGAACGUGCUCGAAGAAGCACCAUACGUUGUUGCAUCCUGGGUUUCCUGGUUCUGGUUCUGUUCCCACUUCUAUUUCUACUUCGGCAACGAAUGAAAACGUAAAUCCUUCUACAUCAUCAUCAACAGGCGGUGCUUCGAACUCUGGUGAAUCUGUUUCUAGUUCGAUGGCAUUAAUUUCAUCCAAUUCGGCGGUAGGGCAGGCUAAUUCGCAUAUAUUUUUGCUCACGGUAUUGCUCAAUGUGAAGGACGUUUGGGGAAGGAUACAUCAGGCAAGAGCGCUUCUAGACUCCGGAUCACAGGCCAACUUGAUGUCGGCAAAUCUCUGCAAGCUACUUCAACUUUCACGACGGGACAAAAAGGUGGAAAUAACUGGUAUUGGUCGAUCACGAAAUCGCACGGCUUAUGAAGUCUCCACUACAAUUUCUUCUCGAACGGAGAAUUUCUCAACUUCAAUGGAAUUUCUGGUGUUAGAGCAGCUCACUGACGAUCAGCCAUCAUACUCGAUUCCGAUGCGAGAAUGGAAACCUCCUGCUGAUAUGGUUUUGGCUGAUCCUGGUUUUAACGUUUCUGGUCCGAUCGAUUUUGUCUUAGGUACCCAGUACUUCUAUGAUUUCCAUAUAAGCGAUGGUGGCCGGUUGCAAACUCGUAAAUUCGACAAUACGCUCCCAGUAUUUGUCAAUACGGUAUUUGGAUGGGUAGCAGCUGGCGAGGUUACAUGUAUGGAAGGGCAGUCGCGGGUUAGUUGCCAUAUUGCGAAGGUGGAAUCUUUGGACAAGGCAAUCGAACGGUUUUGGGCAGUGGAAGAAUUUACGGUUAAAAUACCACGCUCACAGGAAGAGGAAGAUUGUGAGACACAUUUCGUUAACACAGUCUCUCGUGAUGACACUGGCAGGUAUAUUGUGCGGUACCCUAAGCACAUGAAUUUCAACAGCAUGAUUGGUGAAUCGAAACAGAUGGCUCUCCGAAGAUUUCAUCACACUGAAAGACGAUUGAAACUAAACUGUGAUCUGCGAUCGCAGUACAGUGACUUCAUGAUGGAGUACAUUGAGCUGGGUCACAUGAAGUGCAUUGGAGUGGCGGAUGACUCAAGCUUGGAUGAAGGCAAAAUUGUCUGCUAUCUUCCACACCAUCCUGUAUUUAAGGAAACAAGCUCAUCGACGAAAAUGCGUGUGGUCUUCGACGGAUCAGCGAAAACUUCCACGAACUUUUCGCUCAAUGAAGCUCUACUUACAGGGCCAACUAUUCAAGACGAACUACUUGAAAUAAUGAUUCGAUUCCGGAAACAUGCCGUUGCCCUGGUGGCGGACGUUGCAAAAAUGUACCGUCAAAUUCUGAUCCAUGAUGACGAUAAACCGCUCCAACGAGUUCUUUGGCGAUUCGAUCCUUCGGAUCCAAUAGCAGUUUACGAGCUACAAACUGUCACUUACGGAUUGUCUCCAUCGUCGUUUCUCGCUACCCGGGUACUGAAGCAACUGGUUUUGGAUUUGGGUGAAAAAUACGAGCAUGCAGCCAGCUCCGUGGAAGAAGAUUUUUAUACGGAUGACUUCCUGUCGGGUGCAGCCACGGUGGAAAAGGCAAUACUGGAAAAGGAAGUGCAAAAUUUGUUGGAAGAAGGAGGUCUAGAGCUUCGGAAAUGGUCUUCAAAUAAUUCGGAUGUCUUGAAAAAUGUUCCUAACGAGGCUCUUGUCGGUGAUACAACUCUACACUUUGGAGAAGAUCAGAGAAUAAAAACGCUUGGUAUCGGAUGGGAAACAAAACCAGAUCAUCUGUGCAUCGAGUUCCAUGUAUUCACCGAUGCAUCGCAAAUUGGAUAUGGUGCCUGCAUCUAUGCGCGCUGUAUCGACAAGGCGAAGCAAAUCAAAAUCGAGCUCAUAGCAGCCAAAUCACGGGUUGCACCACUCAAGCGCGUUAGCUUACCUCGGCUCGAGCUCUGUGCUGCACUCCUGGGAGCAAAAUUAUAUGCUAAAGUUUCAGCAGCACUCAAGAUGGAAGAAGUUUCUUGUUGGUUCUGGUCAGAUUCAAUGGUGACGCUUCAUUGGAUUCAGGCCCCACCUAACACAUGGAAAACCUUCAUCGGGAACCGGACUGCAGAGAUUCAACAGUUAACCCACGGGCACAGCUGGAAUCACGUGAAAGGAACUGAAAACCCGGCUGACUUGAUUUCACGUGGAAUGCUUCCUCAAGAUUUCUCCGUCACCACGUGUGGCGCUGCGGUCCAUCAUGGCUCUCGAACGAGGAGGAAUAUUGGCCUAAGCACCCAACUGGUACGCCACCCGAGGAUCUACUAG